AUAGCACGGUUUCGCACCUGGCUCUCCCCGAACGGAGUCUUCCCCCGGAUCGCCUCUCCCCGGAUUCUCAGCUGCCCGAUGGGGCGGACAGGAGCUCCGAUUCGGCCCCCAGCUGUGAAAGCAGCAGCGUGUGUGAUCCGGCCGCCGAGAUGGAGGAUUUUUGGAGACCGCCCUCCCCCUCGGCCUCCCCAGCUUCCGAGCGGUCCAUCUGUCCAUCCUUCGACGAACCUUCCCACUUCUCCUUACCCUUGAAGCCCUACACAUGGAGCGGCCUAGGAAACACUGAACUAAGACAUUUGGUACAGAACUGCAGGCCUUGUUCAACUCUGGAACGUGGCCUCUUCUGUGAGCGAAGAUCUGAGCCUGCUCUGUAUGCCUCAGAGCGUAACUCAGCCCUUGGACUCUAUGGUGACUUUGGCUCUCCGGGACUCUUUGAGCGGCCAGCAGCAGCCUCCGGAAUCUUUGCGGAGACCCCGCCUGGACUGCAACCCGAGAAGAGUGCAAAUAGCGUCAAACUGGAAUCAGAACUCCUCUGUCGCCCUCUGUUGCUCAGCAACGGCUCCUACAAAUGCGUCAAAUGCAGCAAGGACUUCUCUACACCGCAUGGCCUAGAGGUGCAUGUCCGUCGUUCACACAGUGGCACCCGGCCCUUCGCUUGCGAAAUGUGCGGCAAGACAUUUGGCCAUGCCGUUAGCUUGGAGCAGCAUAAAGCUGUGCACUCCCAGGAACGCAGCUUUGACUGUAAGAUCUGUGGGAAGAGCUUCAAGAGAUCUUCCACUUUGUCCACACAUCUUCUCAUCCACUCAGAUACCCGGCCUUACCCAUGUCAGUACUGUGGAAAGAGGUUCCACCAGAAAUCUGACAUGAAGAAGCACACUUUCAUCCAUACAG